AUGGGGCCGGGCCGCCCCCGCGCCGUGCGGGCUGCGCAGCGUGGCCGUGGGGUGGGGGCGCUGGGGCUGGGCCACCCCUCCCCCGAGACCGUCGUGUUCCGCUACUGCGGGGGGGUCUGCCCCGCGCCCCCCACCCUGCACGGGCUGGCGCUGCGGGCGCUGGGCGGGGGUCCCGCCCAGCCCGAGGGGCCGCAGGGGGGGGGGCCCUGCUGCCGCCCCACCCGCUACGAGGACGUGGCCUUCCUGGACGAGGGGCUGCGCUGGCAGCGCCUGCCGCGGCUGUCGGCGGGGGCCUGCGCCUGCCUGGGGUGAGACCCCCCCCAAAUAACCCCCCUGAGCCUGCCUGGGGUGAGACCCCCCCCAAAUAACCCCCCUGCGCCUGCCUGGGGUGAGACCCCCCCCAGAAACCCCCAUGG